AUGACAUGUUAGAUGAACUCCAUGUAGCAACCUACUUCACAAAAUUGGAUUUGCGAGUAGGCUAUCACCAAGUGCGAAUGAACGAUGCCGACAUCCCCAAAAAGGUAUUUCACACUCACAACAGUCAUUAAAAAUACGUGGUAAUGCCCCUUCUACUUGUCAAUCCAUCACGAAUGACAUAUUCAGACUCAUACUCAGCAAGUUCGUCCUAGUCUUCUUCGACGACAUCUUAGUGUUCAGUCCGGAUAAGUAAAGCCAUUGUGAGAACUUGCGUAAAGUCCUACUAAUCCUUCGACAUCCGAAAUUCUUCAUCAAGUUCUUUAAGUGUGCCUUUGGCUUGCCAGAGAUUGAGUAUCUCGGUCACAUUAUCACAGCCCAAGGAGUGAAGGUCGACGACCCCUGGAAAAUUCAGGCCAUGACCGAAUGGCCAACGCCGACCAACGUCACCGAGCUACAUGGGUUUUUGGGGCUUACCGGCUACUACCAUAAGUUUGUUUGGGGAUAUGGCUCCAUUGCUCGUCCUCUAACUAAUCUCCUAAAGAAGAGCCAAUUCGAAUGGACACAGACAACUGCAGAAGCAUUCCAGCAUUUGAAGACAACAAUGACAACCACUCCAGUCCUAACAAUUCCCAACUUUGAGGUUCCAUUUGAUAUUGAAAUCGAUGCAUUGGGAGUGGGCAUUGAGGUUUUGAUAGACCGUUAAUUGCACAUGUUUUUACCCCCAUUCUUGAGCCGUUUGAGAUGUUGAUUCUCGUGUUUUAGACCGAUUUCACGCUAGGUUGUACUUGUUUGUGAUAUUUCAGAUCCUAGUACGUGAAUGAAGGUUUGGGAGUGAGUUUGGGGUCGAUCGGACGAAGAUCGGACGUGUAGCGAGUCGCUGAGGAAGCCACACAUGCACUCCUAAAACCCACACGGCCGUGUAAGGAACCAAUGUGGCCGUGUGGGAUUUUACGAGGCUUCAAACGGGCAUGCUGGAGAUUCCACACGGCCGUGUGUCCCUGGCCGUGUAGGUAGCCUGAAGUCCAAUUAAUCGAAACUCGGCGUUUUGACUCUCACACGGGCAGCUGGGUAAGCCACACCAAUGUGUGGCCUGCCCGUGUGAUCGGGAUUUUCUGGGUUUUAACCCAAAUUCGAGCCACAAGUGAGGGAAUCGACUUUCCAGAGCAAAAACAGAGCCCUAAAUAGAGAAAGUGCGAAGAACACAUCCUAGAAGCGAUCUUGGAGCUGGGUUUCAUCAAAUCGAGCUUGGAGAUCAUCAUAGGAGUGAAAAUCAUCAUCCUAUAGCAGAUUCUUCUCCUUGUUAUGAGUAUGACUGCUUUGUAUUCUAUUUUUUUCUGUCUCUCUCUCUCUCUCUCUCUCUAUGGAGUAGAACCCUUCUUUCACUUGGGUAUGAAGAACCCUAGUUCCAUGUGUUAGGGAUUAUGAUUGUAAUGACUUGGGAUGAUUAUAAUGUUUGGUUUUAAUCGAAUGAUGCAUGUUUCAUUGAAUUAAUUGAAGUCUGAUCAGCUUUUCUUGAUUUCUGCUGCAACCUAAGAUAGAUAGAAUCUGAUUAGGUUGUUAGAGCUUCUUCAUUCGGUAGUAGUAGAUUGGCUAUACGAGAGUUAGUCUGUCUACUGCUUUGUACUGGAAUCCAAUUCCGGUAGUGGAGUUCUGUGCUUAUUGCUUCAGCUUUCUAUCCCGGUGAAGACUAGUCGUCUGCCGGGUAGUUAGACUGAGAGGGCUUGGUCAGCUUAAGAGAUUCCAAGCUACUGUCGGAUCUUCCGCAGUCUAAUCAACAGUAAAUCAACCCAGGGUAAUUACAACUAAGACCUAACUAAGGAGCUAGGGCGACUCAUUCUCGAGUGACUCUUCUUUUGCUUCAGAAAACCGAAUAAAUUCCUGCUUUCUUU